AUGUCUUUUCCCUACCCUCCAGGCAUCGGCAUUCCUCAAUCUCCGCCGCUGGCACUACUACCGCCGCCAUCCCCUGUGUGGUGGCCGCCGCCGCCGCCGAGUGAUGAUGGCCACUACUCCACGAUCGCCGGCAUCACCAUCACAUUGGGGAUCACGUUCGUACUGAUCUGCGCGUGCAGGCUGUCCCGGCAAGAUCACGCCGGCGGCGAGGACGAUGCUGCAGUGCCACCGGAGCCGUGGGACAACGGCGACCAGCAGCAUCAGCGGCGCGUCAGCACGACGACGGCGGGCCUCUCGUCGUUCACGUACGACCGGUCUGUGAUGCACAACGUGACGAGCAGCGGCGAGGAGGCGGCGACGUGCUCCGUGUGCCUGGGCGCGUUCCAGACCGGGGAGACGGUGCGGCUGCUGCCGGUGUGCCUGCACCUUUACCACGUCGAGUGCAUCGAUCCGUGGCUGGAUGCGCACUCGACAUGCCCGAUCUGCAGGUCGGGCACCGACCCGACGGCGGACGGCCGGCUACACCCGCCGGUUUAG